UCUUAUAGACAAAUGAACUGAAUAAUUGAAAUUAAAUAACUAAACAACAGCGGGGGGAGAAGAAAGGCAUCCUCUGAUCACGCCGAUUCUUUGCCACGAACAGCACCACAGACUUCUCAAUGAAGGAGCCUGACGCAAUCAAGCUCUUCAUCGGGCAGAUACCCCGAAACCUGGAGGAGAAGGACCUGAAGCCCAUCUUCGAGCAGUUUGGCAAGAUCUAUGAGUUGACGGUGAUAAAGGACAAAUACACAGGGAUGCACAAAGGAUGUGCCUUCUUGACAUAUUGUGCACGUGAGUCCGCCCUCAAAGCCCAGAAUGCACUGCACGAGCAGAAGACACUACCAGGGAUGAACCGCCCAAUCCAAGUGAAGCCAGCGGACAGCGAGAGCAGAGGGGAAGACAGGAAGCUGUUUGUGGGCAUGCUGGGAAAACAGCAGACGGACACCGAUGUGAGAAAGAUGUUUGAGCCAUUCGGCAGCAUAGAGGAGUGCACGGUGCUACGCGGGCCUGACGGUACCAGCAAAGGGUGUGCAUUUGUAAAGUAUCAGAGCAAUGCAGAGGCACAGGCCGCCAUCAACGCUCUGCAUGGGAGUCGUACUUUACCAGGUGCCUCGUCCAGCCUGGUGGUAAAGUUUGCUGAUUCAGAGAAGGAGCGAGGGCUCCGGCGGAUGCAGCAGGUGGCCUCUCAGCUGGGAGUCAUCAGCCCCAUGACCCUGCACCUCGGGGCCUACAACGCCUACACACAGGCCUUGAUGCAGCAGCAGGCCCUGGUGGCUCAGUCGGCCUACCUCUCUCCUGUUGCCACGGUGGCGGCGGUUCAGAUGCAGCAACUCGCUGCCCUCAACCCCAGCAGCAUCAUUGCCACGCCGAUCGCAUCCAUCACCCCCUCCUCAGGUACCAGCACUCCACCCUCCAUGGCAGGCACACCUGUUCCUGCUCUGCCUCCACCAAUCGCACUGAACAGCUACGCCUCUGUGCCAGCUCCACCCAACGGCCAAUCAGCAACUGAAGCCCUGUACACCAACGGGGUUCAUGCCUAUCAAGCUCAGAGUCCUGUCCUGGACCCCAUGCAGCAAGCUUAUACAGGCAUGCAGCACUAUACAGCCACCUACCCUGCUGCCUAUAGCCUUGUGGGACAGCCGUUCCCCCACCAGCCCACACUGGUGGCUCAGCAGCCGCAGCAACCGCAGCAGCUGCAGCAACGAGAAGGUCCCGAGGGCUGUAACAUCUUCAUCUACCACCUGCCACAAGAGUUCACCGACUCUGAGAUACUGCAGAUGUUCCUUCCCUUCGGAAACGUCAUCUCUGCAAAGGUCUUUGUUGACCGCGCCACCAACCAGAGUAAAUGUUUUGGUUUUGUGAGUUUUGACAACCCGUCCAGCGCCCAGACUGCCAUACAGGCCAUGAACGGCUUCCAGAUCGGCAUGAAGAGACUGAAGGUGCAGCUGAAGAGGCCCAAGGAUGCCAACAGGCCUUACUGA